AUGGCUAUUAUCCUAAGGUUUGUGAACAUGAAUGAAAUUUGGACAGAACAUUUUUUUGCAAUUAAAAGUGUUAGUGACACUACCUCAUUAAAUCUUAAGAAUCAGAUUUCUGAUGUUCUUGUUCGUUUCAACCUUCUAGUUCAAAACAUGAGAGGCCAAGGGUAUGAUAGUGUUAAUAAUAUGCGUGGUUCUUGGAAUGGACUACAGGCAUUAUUUUUUAAAGAUUGUCUAUAUGAAUACUAUGUUCAUUGUUUUGCCCAUCGUUUACAACUCACAUUGGUUUCUGCAGCUAAGGAUGUCUCAGAUAUUAAUUCAUUUUUUUCUCAUUUGGACAAUGUUAUUAAUAUGAUUACAUCAUCUCCUAAGCGCAUCAAUGAGUUGAAAAGUGCCCAAAGAAAAGAAAUUGAGCAUUUGUUAGAAAUUGGAGAACGAGAGUCUGGAAGUGGUGCUAAUCAGAUUGGUAAUUUGCAACGAGCCGGAAGUACUUAUUGGUCUUCUCAUUACAACUCUGUAAAGAGUUUGAUUGAUAUGUAUGCUGCAACUUGCAAGAAUAUUAGCAAUUGCGGAUGUUCUUUGUCAGUCCCUUCAAAGAAAACUCAAGACAUCUUACCUGCUAUGAGUUUUGUCUGUACUACAAAAACUAUCCUUCAAGUAUUGAGAGAAGAUGGCUGUGAAGAAUUUCUUGAAGAUGUGAAAUGUUUUUGCUCAAAAAAUAAUAUACAUGUACCUGACUUUGAUGGUUCGUAUAUGGUUGGUCGUUCUCGUGGUCGUGAGUAUCCUACCAUUGAACAGCAUUACCACUUUGAUAUUUUCAAUGCAGCCAUUGACUUUCAGAUGAUGGAGUUAGAUACAAGAUUUAAUGAGACAUCAAUAGAGCUCCUUUCUCUUAGUUCAGCUUUGGAUCCAAAAAAUUCUUUUGAAUCAUUUAAUAUGGAUAAUAUUUGCAAGUUUGCAGAGAAGUUUUAUCUUGAAGAUUUUAAACAGCAAGAUAUUUAUUGUUUGAAAGUUGAGUUGCAACACUAUCAAAAUGAUGUGAUUUUUGAACCUCGAUUUCAAGUACCUACACUUUCUGAUUUAUGUUGGGAAUUAGUUGCAAGUAGAAGGUCGGAGAGUUACGUCAUUUUGACUAAAUUGAUUUGUUUAGUACAGACACUACCUAUUUCAACGGCGAUAGUGGAGCAAGCUUUUUUAGCAAUGAAACAUGUGAAGACGAAAAUUUGUAACAAAAUGGAUGAUGGUUUUCUUGCUGAUUGUUUAACACUCAACAUUGAACGAGAAUUUAGUAUGAAUUUAGAUCUAGAUUCUAUUAUAGAUGAAUUUUAUGCUGUAAAACAUCGCCGAGUACAACUUCAAUAG